AUGGGUGUCCUCGAGAAGCUGAGCCGCAAGACCGGUGUCAUCGUCGGUGACGAUGUCCUCCGUCUCUUUGAGUACGCUCAGGAGAAGAACUUUGCCAUUCCCGCCAUUAACGUCACCUCUUCUUCUACCGUUGUCGCUGCCCUCGAGGCUGCCCGCGACCAGAACUGCCCCGUCAUCCUGCAGCUCUCCAACGGUGGUGCCGCUUACUUCGCUGGCAAGGGUGUCCCCAACGGCAAGCAGGAGGCCUCCAUUGCUGGUGGUAUCGCCGCUGCUCACUACAUCCGUAGCGUCGCUCCCGCCUACGGCAUCCCCGUCAUUCUGCACACCGACCACUGUGCUAAGAAGCUGCUGCCAUGGCUCGACGGCCUGCUCGAUGAGGACGAGAAGUACUUCAAGCUGCACGGCGAGCCCCUCUUCUCUAGCCACAUGAUCGACCUGUCGGAGGAGUCCGUCGACUACAACAUCCAGACCACUGCUGCCUACCUCAAGCGUGCUGCUCCCAUGAAGCAGUGGCUCGAGAUGGAAAUCGGUAUCACUGGUGGUGAGGAGGACGGUGUCAACAACGAGGAUGUCGACAACAACUCCCUUUACACCCAGCCCGAGGACAUUCUCGCCAUCCGCAACGCCCUCGCCCCCAUCAGCCCCUACUUCUCCAUUGCCGCUGGUUUCGGUAACGUCCACGGUGUCUACAAGCCCGGCAACGUCCGUCUCCACCCUGAGCUGCUCAAGAAGCACCAGGCCUACGUCAAGGAGAAGAUCGGUUCCCCCAAGGACAAGCCCAUCUUCUUCGUCUUCCACGGUGGUUCCGGAUCCUCCAAGGCGGAGUACAAGGAGGCUAUCAGCUACGGUGUCGUCAAGGUCAACGUCGACACUGACAUGCAGUACGCUUACCUGUCCGGUAUCCGUGACUACAUCCUGAACAAGAAGGACUACCUCAUGCAGCCCGUCGGCAACCCUGAUGGUGCCGACAAGCCCAACAAGAAGUACUUCGACCCCCGCGUCUGGGUUCGUGAGGGUGAGAAGUCCAUGAGCAAGCGCGUCCAGGAAGCUCUGGAGGACUUCAACACUGCUGGUCAGCUGUAA